AUGACGCCCCUGUCUCCAACAAACGAAUCCAGACUGAACAUCGAUACGACCCUGACUGAGGCAACAAACCGCGGCUUCUUUGAGGUCCACACCCGUCCUGAGACAACCACGAGCGACGGUAAUGAUAGCGGAAGCGACAGUCCCUCAACCACCACCACCACCACCACCACCACAACCACCGCUCCCUCUUCGCUCUCUCUAAACGACAGCAGCACCCGAGAACUGGAGAACAUGCCACCAUCUCCUCCCUCGGAAUCCUCGCCGUCGCCGCCGCCCUCCGCGCCUGCGACGGCGAUAAAGCCCCAGCGCCAUUCUCGCGUAAUGUCUGGCACCGCACCCUCACCGCUCAAAAUCCUCGCCGGCUCCGAGACAUCGGAGAAACAUGCGCGGAGCCCACUACGCAAGACAUUAAUUUCCCCGGACAAAGUCAAACGCUUCCCGGUCAGGAUCAGCAACCCGUCCCUCGACUCGGCCCAGCGGACCGUCUCCCCUACUCCCUCUCGCGAGCGCACCGCGAGCCUCGACGACGUGAUGCACAACAACGAGGGCCUGAAGCACGCGAUCCAGAUCUUUGAGGACGACGACACAGAGCUGGACAACGAUGAGACAAUUGGCGACGCGAGCACGGUAAGCGCCGGCGAGGGCGACCACCAGUACCACCUCGAGAUGGGCAACGGCUACGAGGACCAGAGCAGCCUGGCCCAUCCCGACGAGUCCAUGAUGAGCACCUUCAGCGCCUUCUCCGCUGUGCCCAACCUGACCAUGUUCUCGAAGCUCGGCCAGACGCCGACGAAACACGCGAGCAUGGGCGGCAUGACCCCGCGGGGGAGGCCCGAGACUGUGCACGAGCAGACUCCGCGGCAGCACUCCGAUUCUGAUGGGAACACGACCAACCUGUUGGAUUUCACGGCCAGCCAGCGGUUUCCGCACAAGUCGCCCGCCAGGCGGGACAACGCAUCACCGUCCAGGGCGAACCCUAACGCUACCCCCGCUCGCCAAAUGUCGAACCUACUCGAUUUUGACAUCCCGCCCCUACCCACCCCCCGUAGCAUCCCCACCAUCACGCCCAGGGAGCUCGAGAGCCUCAAGUCCAAUUUCCUGUCCGAGAUCAGCAGCUUGAAGGCGUCGCUGAGCGGCAAGGAGGCCGAGGUCCUCUCCCUCAAGACGGCCGUCGGCGAUGCGGAAAAGCGCGUCGGCGAGAGCCUGGAGCAGGCCCGCGAGGAGCGGACGCUGCGAGAGCAGGCCGACGAGGAGAAGGAGAUGUGGGAGAAGAGCAGCCGCGAGAUGGAAAAGGUCCUCCGCAGCGUCAAGGAAGAGAUCACCCACACCAACCGCGAGCGCGAGGAGCUCGAGUCAAAGCUUGCCGAGUGCGAGGGGCGACGUGAGGCCGCCGAGACUAUGGCUCAAGAGGCCGAGAGCAAGCUGGCCAGCUUCCGCGCCGGCAAGUCCGUCGGAGACGACAAGCCCUCCUCUUCGCCCAAUAGGGGCACGGCUGCGACCUCCAAGGAGGUCGAGAUCGCCGUCGAGCGCGUGGCCCGCGAGCUGCACGCGCUCUACAAGGGCAAGCACGAGACCAAGGUUGCCGCGCUCAAGAAGAGCUACGAGACCCGCUGGGAGAAGAAGGUACACGACCUGGAGGAGAGGAUCCAGGAGCUCAUGGAGGAGAACGAGAAGCUCCGCCGCGACAACACCAUCACCCGCAUUGACCCCGCGCAGGUCGCCGCCGAGCAGGAGUUCAAGGCCCAAGCCGUCCGGGACUCGGCCCACAUCAAGGAGCUCAGCGCCGACGUCGAGAGGCUCGAGGCAGUCGUCAUGUCGGUCAAGAGGGACAACGCGGAGCUCCGCGACCUGCUCGCUCAGGAGCGCGUCGAGAAGGGCGAGCUGGUGCAGCUCGCCGAGGAGAUGAUGUCGAUCCAGACGCUCCCCCCGACGCCGGCGCCAGCGCCGACACCCAAGCCCGCGCCGACGUCCAUCGCCUCGCGGACGCCUGGCCCUCCAGCUAGGAGCCACACGGAGAACAACUUCCGCAGCAGCAUCGGUCGCGGCUCGGGCCUUAAGGCGCCCGGGUCCAUCGCCGCGCGCGGGUCGGUACACGAGCGCACGGGCAGCACCGGCCCCCUGACUAAGGGCCUGCCAAGACCGCGGCCGAUGAGCGAGUUCGGCCCGCGGAGCGGUAUCAUGAGCUCCAUUGAGAAGAUGGGCAACUACCGCGGACGAGGGGACUAG